AUGGCUGGAUUGACUUUUAUUGUAGAUCCUCUGGAUAAUCCGAUCGUUGUUUUCGGUGUUGACGGUGAUGGCACUUCUGAUGGUGUCGUUUUAGAUGGCGCCAAUGACACUUCCCCCGCUCUACAGCAAUAA